CGGAACAGUAAUGAAACGCACCGCAAAUACAUCCUAAUAACACAGCUCGUCAAUUCAUUACAUUUAACGAACCAAAACGUUCCACUUCUUCUUGUAGCUUUGACAUAUGGUUUCAACCAUGAUUCCAUACACUGUCAAUAUUAAACUGGCUGCACGAACAUUGACCGGAACCCUUAAUUUACAGAACAAGACCGCAGUAGACUGGGGAUGGCAGGGACUGAUUGCUCAAGGCUGUCACUCAGAUAUCCUCAUCAUUGAUCCAAAAACAGCUCAGACCAUUCAGGUCCUGGAGAGACACAAAGCAAGUGUGGUCAAGGUAAAAUGGUCCAGAGAAAACUAUCACCACAGUCUCAGCUCACCCUACUCUCUGCGCCUGGCCUCUGCAGAUGCAGCAGGGAAGAUUAUUGUGUGGGAUGUGGUGAGUGGUAUGGCACACUGUGAGAUCCAGGAACACACCAAACCUAUUCAGGAUAUGGACUGGCUGUGGGCUCAGGAUGCUUCUCAUGAUCUUCUUCUGGCUGUCCACCCUCCCAACUAUAUUGUUCUGUGGAACGGAGACACUGGCACCAAGCUGUGGAAGAAGAGCUAUGCUGAGAACAUCCUGUCUUUUUCCUUUGACCCCUUUGAGCCCUCCAAUCUGGCAUUGCUGACCAGUGAGGGUAUAGUGUUUAUCACAGAUUUCUCACACUCUAAACCGCCGGGCAGUGGAGGUAAGAAGGUUUAUAUCGCCAGUCCUCAUUCCAGCCCUGCCCAUAGCAAACCUGCUGUGGCUCAACCCACCGGUGCCAAAAAAGCCCUCAAUAAGGUCAAAGUGCUCAUCACCAAUGAGAAACCCACGGCUGAAGCAGUGACUCUUAAUGACUGUCUCCAGCUGUCAUAUCUGCCAUCUAAGAGGAAUCACAUGUUGCUGUUGUACCCCAGAGAGAUCCUCAUCCUAGACUUGGAGCUCAGUCAGACCGUUGGAGUGGUUGCCAUUGAGCGCUCUGGCGUGCCAUUUAUACAGGUGAUUCCUUGUGCCCAGAGAGAUGCUCUUUACUGCCUCCACGAGAAUGGUUGCAUCACCCUGCGUGUGUGCCGUUCCACAACACCUUCUCCUAAUGAAACAGGCAAGACAG